GUGAACGCGCAUGCGCAGCAGGACGGCGGUAAACACGAAAGCAGGGCAGUGUUGUAAACAGUGGAGAAAAUAAGCAUACAAAUAAGAUUUUCCUGUAUCAUUAAGAGGACUACGUUAGGGGUAUUGUGCAGUAUUCUGGUGGUCAAGAAAAGUGUUGUGCAGCAUAGACUAAGAUGUUACAGUGUCCAGAUUCUGUGUGCAUCUCCGUGGGAAAAGGUGACAGCUUACAUCACCAAGUUUUAGCUGCAUUCCCACUGUGCUCACUGACAGAGGAGGAUUUGACCCAGAAUCCUCUCUUUUGCAAGCUCCUGGCCACACUGUCGCAGCAUGUAGAUCACACAGGACUCUCUUUGCACUUAAGAAAAGAACUGGAGAAGGCAGAGAAGGAGCUCCGUUCACAGAAGUUGGGCUGGCUGCAUGUGGAGAGCCUCCACAGGCUUGUGCUUGAGAUGAGCCAGGAGCAUCGCUUCAGUCAACAUCACUCCAUGGCCUCACCAGCAGAAGAUAAGUUCUACUGUACCCUGGAGCAGUGUUUGAUGGUAGCUAAGUGUGCCAGGCAGCUGGACCCCAGCAGUACUGUUGACCAGGAUCAGCCGCUUAUACUGGGGCUCUCUGCUGAAAAAGUGCUGAAUCAGAUGCCUCCUAAACAGGAAGUCUGGCAGAUGAAACAGAGGUUACCAACAGAACUGCAAAAGCACCUGAAGAAGAAGCUCUUCAACCUCCUUUCUUACUACCAGCCUGAGUGGGAAAAUGAAAGUGAGGGGCUUAAAUGUGUGAAGCUAUCUAAGCUGCCAGUACUCCUGGAGAGUGAGCACAACAGAGCAAAGAGUUUAAUUGAAAAGAACAGAGAGAAUGCCACCUUACUGCAGCGGCAAACUCAUUCCUACCUUUCUGAACUGCUUGAAUGCAUGCAGCUUCUACAGACCUUGGUGCUGGACCUUCGGUUAAAAGUGCAGAAAGAUCUUGACAGGAAGAAGAUUGAGUACUUUGAAGCCAAAUGUGAAAUUGGUAUUCAGAAGAUUAGGGCAGAGAUGCUUGAGGUCCAGCUUGACAUGUACACAAGAGACAAGAUAGCGACCCAUCGCAAGAUAACGGAGAAACUGAAUACUGAACUGAAAGCGUCCCAGAUGGAGAAACAGUCGCUAGAGUCCAAGCUGGCAUCCUUUGAGAUCUACGGCAGGGAAUUUGAAGUCCUUGCUGAAGAAUACUCCAGAUUGCAACAAGAGAUAGCCACCAAGUCCUGGGCACUGAGAGAAUUCACACCAUAGAAAUACAAAUGAUGUGUGGGAGCUUUACAUAAUGUACCUAAUGUUAGGGCCUGAUGGCAAAUUUAACUAUAUGAACAUUUUUGUUACGUUAACUCUGGAUUUUUCUCUGAUGUCUUUUUUUUUUAUGUAAACUGUCAUACACCUCCUUGUUCCUGCAAUAAUAUAUCACUGCUCUUUAUUACGAUCUCAUCAGGGGGAGUUCUAUUUGAAAAAUAAUGCUAUUCAUGUUUUUGUAAUAUACUGUACAGUAUAUACAUGUAAUACUAUAAUAAAGUCAACGUCCAUUGCUUUA